UGAAAAGAAGAGCAUUCAAACCAACUUUGCCAACCACCUGCAUGAUUGUUAUAUACAAGCUGGUGAGUAAGAGAAAGUAAUAAAAAUGGCUAAUGUGGUUACCUUUUGGUUUGUCUUUGCUCAUCUCCUCCUGCAAAUACUUGAAGUAAAUGCAAAAGUUCCAGCAAUCAUAGUGUUUGGAGACUCUUCUGUUGAUUCAGGGAAUAACAAUGGGAUUUCUACUGUUUUAAAGAGUAAUUUUGCACCUUAUGGCGGUGAUUUUAUUGGAAAGCAACCCACUGGUCGGUUUUCCAAUGGUCGGAUCCCACCAGACUUCAUUUCUCGAGCUUUUAAGAUCAAGCCAAUAAUACCUGCAUACCUGGAUCCAUCAUAUAACAUAUCAGAUUUUGCUACUGGAGUUUGCUUUGCUUCCGCUGGAACUGGUUAUGACAAUGCCACUUCUGACGUGCUCUCUGUAAUACCUCUAUGGCAGGAAAUGGAGUACUAUAAAGAAUACCAGGUGAAUCUAAGAGGUUAUUUAGGCAAAGAGAAAGCUACUGAGAUUCUAGGGGAAGCCUUGUACCUUAUCAGCAUAGGAACAAAUGAUUUCAUGGAAAAUUAUUAUAUCUUUCCAAGCAGAUCAAAAGAGUACUCUGUUGAGGAGUACCGGGAUUUUCUUUUGAGAAUUGCUAGAGUUUUCAUCACAGAACUUUACCAGCUGGGAGGUCGUAAAAUAGCCAUCAGUGGGCUUCCUCCAAUGGGGUGUUUACCUCUGGAAAGAACCAUGAAUAUCUUCUCUGAGAGAGAGUGCGUACAGAAGUACAACAAUGUGGCUCUGGAUUUCAAUGCAAAGUUGCAGGAAAUGAUUAAGAAGUUGAACAAGGAGCUUGCUGGCAUCCGCCUCGUGCCUGCGAACCCUUAUGAUAUUCUUUUAGACACCAUUCAGAAUCCACAGAAAUAUGGAUUUGAAGAUGCAGCAAAAGCAUGCUGUGGUACUGGAAUGUUUGAGAUAAGUUACUUGUGUAACAAAAAGAAUCCAUUUACAUGUCCAGAUGCAAGUAAAUAUGUAUUUUGGGAUGCCUUUCAUCCAACAGAGAAAACGAAUUGGAUUAUAGCUGAUCAUUUGGUCAAUACUAGCCUAGCUGAGUUCUUAUGAACACUACAAGUACAACGUAGCAUGUAAAUUAUUACAGCAGUGGCGUUAAAAUCCAUGGUAUCAUUCAGACUGUCA